AUGGUCCUGAGCGGGGCACUGUGCUUCCGAAUGAAGGAUGCAGCGUUGAAGGUGCUUUACCUGCAUGAUAAUCAGCUUCUAGCUGGAGGCCUACAAGCGGGGAAGGUCAUUAAAGGUGAGGAGAUCAGCGUUGUCCCCAAUCGGUCUCUGGAUGCCAAGCUCUCUCCGGUCAUCCUGGGCGUCCAGGGUGGGAGCCAAUGCCUGUCGUGUGGGACAGGGCAGGAACCAACCCUGAAAUUAGAGCCAGUGAACAUCAUGGAGCUCUACCACAAUGCCGAGAAGUCUAAGAAAUUCACCUUCUACCGGCGGGACACGGGGCUCACCUCCAGCUUUGAGUCGGCUGCCUACCCAGGCUGGUUUCUUUGCACGGUGCCUGAAGCUGACCAGCCGCUGCAGAUCACCCAUCUCCUGAAGGACACCAGCUGGGACGAGCCCAUCACCGACUUCUACUUCCAGCAGUGUGACUAG